AUGGCAGCACCGUCGUCAGUCACCUUGGUCCCGAUGGACGGGACCGAUAUAGGGGUGACCCUCGCCUCUUUGGGGCACAACUUUGGAUUGGACGACAAGGUGGUGCAAGCUCUUGUGGCGACCAAGGUCCAGAACUUAGAAGAGCUCCGUUACUUUUUCGCUGACGAGGCGGCGGUUGAUCCCUGGCUCAAAAAGACCUCCUUGGGAGAAGAGCACAACAUCCAGGCUGCCCGACUCAGGCGUUGCUGGGCCGCGGUACGGCUCUACUUCAGCCAAUCCGAAGCCGAUCGAUCUAAGGUCGCGUUGGCCGAUUUGGACUGCAUCCUGGGGGAAGGGGAGCUCAGAGAUUUGAAGACGAACUUUUGGCGGAGGUACCGCCAACGCUUUCCCCCGGAAGUGCACCCCUCUGACCACCAACUCCUGUCCUCAGUGAAGAAGCGAAAGCUAGCACCAAACUUGUACACCGAGGAUGACGACCCAGAGGAGGCAGUGGUGAAGGACUCAGACUCCUAUUUGGAUCGGCUUUUCACCCUUUGCCUGUCCUACGCGUUGGCAGGCACCACAGCCAUGCCUGGCGCUCCGGCAGCUCUCGAUGAGGCCACGCUGGGAGCCGACUCUACGGCCUUUGUCGCUGUCCCGUUGGAUGUGGCGAUGACCUACUGGUUUCGUGCGAAACGGACCGCCGCCGCCAUCCCGGCCCCUCGGCGCCUGUCCUGGCUCCAAGCUCGCGAUCAAGAAGAGAGGACCGAGUGGGUCGCCCGCUUUCGGGACUCGCAGAAAAGCCUCGACCAAGUCAUGAAAGAGGUGUUCAUUGCGCAUGAUCCGCAUUGGUUGCCAAUGCUGGGAGGAGGAUCGCUGUUCCAGACGAUGGCCAAUGUGGCAGGAAAGAAGGUGGCGGCCGUCAUGAAGGACGGCAAAGUCCUUUGCCAAGACUAUCAGCGCGGGAAAUGCAACCGCGCUCCCUCUGCUCAGGCUCCUUUGCUGGCCGACCUUAUGUCGGGACCUGAGAUGCCGAUUGCCAAAGCUUUUCUGUGGUGUGGCUGGCGGGUUUUGCCAGUGGAUCUGCUCAUCGAUCCAUCUCACGACCUAGCCGAUGCUAGGAGGCAAAAGUCCUUGGAGGACCAGCUGCAGGAUGCCGCUUUUCUCUUUGCCGCGCUGGAUUGUUCGACUAAGUCACGAGCCCGGGAAAUCCCCCGCGUCUUUGAGGACGGUCGUGCAGCCCCUGGCCCCCUGCGAUCCGGGCGGUACCCGGAGGGCUUACCCAGUCUUUCGGGAGCCGAGGCCGAGCGUGUUCGUCGGGACAACGCGGCAUGCAGCUGGGUCCUGCAGCAGAUGCAGAAAGUGCACGCGAGGGGCGGCGGCUGUAUCCGUGAGAAUCCAGCCAAUUCCUUGCACUGGCGUUUGCCAGCCGAGGUCGAGAUGCAGGCUUCGGGCGAGUGGUAUGACACAACUUACUCCGCAUGCGUGUUUGCCGGAGCGAGGUGCAAAUCUCAGCGCCGGCACAAUGUGGAUGAAAUCGCUUCUUGGCCACCUUUGAGCUGCCAGCACUUCCAUAACCCAGCCGAGUGGGACCCAGUGCUUCGUGACGGGCAUCCAGUGUAUCCUAGCAAGGAGGAGGCCGAGUAUACCGCCCCCCUGUCUUUUUCGAUCGCCAUCGCUGCCUCUUGGUGGGCGGCACGCAAGGGAUUUGCAGUGAUGCGCUUUCACAGGCUCCCGCCCGUCGAGAGAACGGGCCGUUGCGAACACUGGCUGGAUAUCGACCCGCGAGCUUUGCGCUCCUGGGCCAUGGCACCGUUGGCGAUCUCGCUGGGAUUGCGCCCCGUCGAUGUGCCGGGAACGCAGGAUCUCCCUUCUCGAGACCUGGCCGAGACGAAAGUCUUGGAGAAAGGGGCUGUGGUCCUGCGCUUUCGGAAGCUUUUCCCGGAACCUUGGUUUCACGGCUUCCGGUUUCCCAUGAUCGAGGACUUGGUCAACCAAGCACCGUUCGACCUUUUCAGUCGGUGGCUUGCCGAGCGCGAUGGCGAGUGGGAGGGACCCCUCGUUCCGGUGGCAGCCGACCGGCAACAGCGUCUUCGCCAAAGGACAGCCGAUGGUCAGCAAGUGGGAGCAUCCAAUCAUCGUGCCGCGUUGCCACCGCUCCUCCCCUUUGGCCUCUCGGUGGACGAGCACUUUGAGCGUUCUCUCUGCCUGGGCACGCAACCUCUCCCUACGGAGCGGCCGCCCGUCCUGGACUCCGACUUGUUGUUUGCAGCCAGCGUUCACGCGCAGCAGCGGGGCAACCUGCGUGGGCUUCGACAGCGAGCGAUUGGAGCCCUGACGGAGCUUAAGCGACGCUGGGGCUCAGUGAGUGAUCGCCUUCGUUCGCUCCAGCCCCCGGCCAUACAACGAGCCACUCGGCAACGCGACCUCCGGUUCACGGCCUUGCUCCUCGCUUUGGUCAGCUGGGGAGAUGCGACCUACCCAUACGGCCUGGCCCUCGGCCUGCCGGCCGUUGGGUUUGCACCACCGUAUGGCAUCUUCCCGGAGCAACAGGUCCCUUUUGUCUCUUUCGAGCAAGCCCUUGGCGAUUGGCAGGAGCACAACGCCACCACCAUCAAAAAGCUGAAGCCAGGCAAGCUCGAUCAAGUGCUGCUCGAACAGUCCACCGGCGACGCGCAGCAAGGCUUCUGCACGCCGCCUUUGUCUUUUUCGGCUUUGCAGCGCGAGGUCCGCGGGUUGCCCUUCCGUGUGAUACCGAGGUGCGUCAUUACGCAGGGUUCUGGCAAGCACCGUAUUAUAGACAAUGCGGCGGAUGGUGGGCAGUCGGCUGCUUCUUCGGACUCGAACAAGCUGGUCCUUUGUUCUCCUUUGCGGCCAGCGCAGCACCUCCGAGCGACCAUUGACCAGAUGUCCGAGGAGCAGCUCCAGGAAGCCCGGGAGAGCGAAGACUGGCCGAAUGCAUACAGGCACUCGCCCAUGGACGCCAAUGAGGCCCGUGCUUGUGUGGUCUGUUUUUGGCACCAUGAGUGGCAGCAGCCGGCCUUCCAGGUGUAUGCCGGGUUGUUGUUCGGUCUGCCCUUGGCCGUUACCUCCUUUAACCGCUAUUCGCGGCUGGUGGAAUCCCUCAGAAGGCGCUUGCUUCUGGUGCUGGUCUCCCUAUACUUCGAUGAUGCCAAUCUCGGGGACUGGCGGUCCUCUCGUGGCUCAGGCCAGUGGGCUUUCGGACAGCUCAACACGUUGCUGGGCACCCCCUUCGCCGAGCACAAGAGGCAACCGAUGGCUACCACAGGAGACUUUCUUGGCCUUUCCCACGAUGUGUCACAGGCCAUCUCCGCCGGCGUGAUCCGCUUCUGGCCCCGCCCUCGUAUCGUCUCCAAGCUCUAUGGUAUUCUCAAUUUCUUCGAGCAGGGGGUUUAUUCGGGAAGCCUGUGGGCCAUCAAAGAGCGACAGAAUGAGGCCUCCACAGCCCUCACCCAGGACCUGGCAGCCAAUUUCCGCUAUGUCAGGGCUAUCAUUCGGGCACGGCCAGAGCGCCUUCUGGCGGUGAUUUCUUUGCCUUGCGACCGAUUCGUCGCGGCUUCCGAUGCAGCCGAGGAGCCAGCCACCGGCGGUACCGGUGGUUUCCUGGUAGUCUGGUUUUCCGGAUUGAAGCAGACCAGGGAGGGAUUUGUUGCCGACAUCCAGCCCUGGUGGUAUGAGGUGUGGCAGCCUGCCGAGGUGCACAUCGCGCAGCUCGAGAUUUCAAUGCUGGCCUACGCCCUCCUCUGUCGCCCUCACCAGUUUCGCAAUCGACGAGGCUUCUGGUUUUUGGACAACCUAGCCGCGCUCCUUGCCCUCGUGAAAGGUCGGUCUGCUCCAAAGGAUCUCGAACGCUUCGCGCACAUGGUACAUAUUCUGUUGCUGGGGCUCAACACUCAGAUGUGGUUCGAAUACAUACCAUCAAAGAGCAACUGGGCGGACUCUAUCUCCCGACUAGGCUGGGCCGAUCCCUGGCACCCCAGCCAAUCUUUUUCAACCAGGUCGGUUCACUUCCCACGUGUUGUCUGGGACCUGCCACCUGCCGCACUGCUUACGUUGGCACACUUCCUCUAA